AUGCCUCCUCGUAGAGAGCCAGAUCACCAGGAACUCCCACAGGCCACAGUGGUCGCUUUGUUCCGCGACUACCAUCCAGAAAAGUUUUCCGGCCAAGGAGAUCCUCGUGUAGUAGAUGAAUGGGUUCAGGGUCUCGAGAUUAUUUUCGAGGUCAUGAACUGCCCUGAUCGUUAUCGCAUGUUAUGUGCCCAGAUCCAGCUGACCGGUGAUGCCAGACUCUGGUGGCAAGCCUAUUGGAGUAUGCGACCCGGUGAAAAAGACGGUUAUACGUGGGACCAGUUCAAGGAGCUGAUCCGAGAGAAGUAUUAUCCCUCGUAUUACCGAGCAGACAUGGAGCGCCAGUUCUUGGCACUCACCCAGGGUACUCGUACUGUCGACGAGUACGAAAGAGAGUUCACCCGUCUCGGAGCUUUUGUACCUGAUCUUGUAGGUACGGAGGCGAAGAGAGCCCACCGUUUCACCGACGGACUUCGCCCAGCAGUCCGCCGCAACAUCGUAGGCCACGGCGUUCAGACCUAUGCCCGUGCAGUUGCCAUUGCCCAAGAAGUCGAUGCCAGUAUCCGACGAGAAGCCGCCCAGACAUCAGUCCAACCAGUUGCUCAGCCACCAGCCCAGCCCAAAGUUGCCCAACCACCAACCAACAAGAAUAAAAGGAAGUUCAAAGCAGGUCCAGACGAUCGCAGGAACCGUCAAAGACAGAAGACAAUACCAGAAUGCCCAACAUGCGGGAAGCACCACCGUGGAGAAUGCCUCGUGGGUCAGAAU